UUUAAUAUUUAAACAUGAUAAAGUUUAAUAAUUUCACCAUUAUUGAUGUUUUGCUAGUGUAUAAAUCACAAAACUACACCAAACAUGCGAUCCCACCCAAGAGAAAAUGGCCGGAUCCUCAUUGCGUCUAAAUGAUCCAAGUGCCAGCUCCAAAUAUAAACCAGAAAGAAAAUUCCUCCUCACAUAGGUUACUCGCAAUGGCCAAACACAUCGUUGCGCUCCCAUUCCCAGGCGAAGGCCAUGUCUCUCCCAUGAUGCAUCUCUCCAUCUUUCUCGCCCAGCAAGGCUUCUCGAUCACCUUGGCAGCCAUGACAAUCGGCCCAUUCGAUUGUUACAGCUUCAUCAAGAACAAAGGAACUUGGCCGCCUCCAGGCACCACCAACAUCAGCGUCAAGGAGCUCACCUCCACAGUCCCAUUCCCUGCCGAGGCAAUAUCAGAGAACCGAGCGGACAUGACGCAAAUCUUGCGGUACGCUCAAACUUACCUGGCCUUGAUGGAGGAGCUCGUCCGAGCCAUCCCGGACGAGGUGUGCUGCAUCAUCUCGGACUAUCUCUUCGACUGGUGUCCAAAGCUGGCCGCGAAGCUGGGAGUUCUCGGGGUCGUGCUCAUUCCAGCAUCCGCCACUGUCACUUGGUGUGAGCUUAGUAUCGCUCGCCUUGCUGCUGCUGGAAUGGUGCCAUCGCAACCAGGCGAGCUAGCCGACGAUGACGCCGCAGUGAUCCUCACAGAUCCUGAAAUACGAAGGUCGGAGAUACCGUGGCAUUUUUGCAACGACAAAGCUUACCAGGAUCACAUCGCCAAGUUUAACAGCCAAGCUCUCAAGGCUGCCGAUCUCGCCAUCGUGAACACCUGCAUGGAGCUCGAGGGCCAGAUCGUGAGUGCCAUAUCGCAGCAAAUGGAUGACAAGUUCUUACCAGUCGGUCCUCUCUUUCUUCUCAACGACGAGCCACACACUGUCGGAUUUGGCGUCUGCGAUACCGAUUGUCUCAAAUGGCUCGACGAGCAGCCGCCAUCUUCCGUGCUCUACAUCUCUUUCGGGAGCUUUGCGGUCAUGACUGGCGACCAGAUGGAAGAAAUCGUGCGAGGGCUGGAAGCCAGCAGCAAGAAAUUCCUGUGGGUGAUCCGACCCGAGCAGCCAGAAAUCUCCAAGGUCCGAUUUCCAAGCACGGAUCAAGGAAUGGUAGUCUCGUGGUCGCCCCAGACGAAAGUACUCUCCCAUCCAUCGGUUGGAGCUUUUCUUUCUCACUGCGGCUGGAAUUCUACCGUGGAGGCCGUCGCCAGCGGCAAACCCGUCCUCUGCUGGCCGCUGCUGUUCGAGCAGAACACGAAUUCCAUCUCGCUGGUGAGAAAGUGGAAGGUAGGCAUAAGAUUUGCGAAAGGAAGGGAUGGAAUGGUGAGCCGUGACGAAGUGGAGAGGAUCAUCCGCCUGGCAAUGGACGGCGAGCAGGGACGGCAGAUCCGAGAGCGCGCCGAGGAGCUGGGUGAGAAGAUCCGAUCGAAGAAUGUACCUGGCAGCGGCCUGGAGAGAUUUGUCACCGCCCUCUCUGUCUGAGCUCCUGCCCUACAAUAAAAUUAUUCUUGCCCUUCAUUGGGCAACAAUAACUUAAAAUUAC